AUGAUGGCCACAGAAGAGCAACGCUUCGCAAAGGCACAAGCAUUAGAGCGAGAUCCAAACCAAAAUGGAAACGACUCAUCCCUACCGUCUUCUGAAUAUCCAAAGCCAGAAGCUCUUGCUAAACCUGAACUCUCUCCACCUCCGGCUGGAAUAGACCAAGAGUAUGAAUGGGUGACAGGAUACAAGCUGUUGACAAUUAUGACAGCUGUUAUACUCGUGGCACUUCUCAUGUUGCUCGAUACUUCAAUCGUCGUUACGGCUAUUCCUCGCAUCACGGGUCAAUUUCAUUCUUUGGCCGACGUGGGCUGGUACGGUAGCGCCUAUCAACUUGCAUGCGCAGCUAUUCAACCGCUCACCGGACGUUUCUACAUGAACUUAAAUUUGAAGGCUAUGGCGCAAGUUGGCAUAGCGGUAGGUCCAUUGAUUGGCGGAGCAUUGACAGAGUACAGCACAUGGAGAUGGUGCUUCUAUAUCAAUCUCCCUAUUGGUGGUCUGGUAGCAAUCAUGCUUUUCUUUGUCCAGAUUCCUGAGCCAAUCCGAAAGGAAAAAUUCUUAACGGCCAUCAAAACCCUUCCUGGUAAACUGGAUCUCAUCGGCUUUGUUCUAUUUGCGCCAUCUGCAAUUGAGCUCCUGAUCGCUCUCCAAUAUGGUGGAAAUAAAUUCACUUGGAACAGCCCCCAAAUAAUCGGACUCUUUUGUGGAGCGGGUGUCACCUUUCUUGCGUUUCUUGCCUGGGAUUAUCACAAGGGCGAUGCGGCCAUGAUCCCAUUCUCCAUUAUUCGAAAAAGAAUCGUGUGGUCAAGCAGCAUUUCGUAUGGUCUCUUGAUGGGUCAAAUUUUCUGUGCUUCCUAUUACCUACCUAUCUAUUUCCAGGGAGUUAAGGGAACAAGCCCGCUGAUGAGCGGAGUUUAUGUUCUUCCCACUAUCCUGGCUCAUUUGUUUGUUGCACUGGCUUCGGGCAAAAUCAGUGAGUACGUGUUAUGCCGUUAUGCCCAGCCAAUUGUUGCGGUGCAAAAUGUGUUGCCUGCUCCACAUAUUCCAGUCGCCACAGCAUUGGUCAUGUUCAGCCAAUCUUUCGCCGGUGCCCUCUGCCUCAGUUUCGCGGAUACUAUUUUCACCAACAGUCUAUCCACGCUUAUCCCCCAGUAUGCACCAUCUGUGGAUCCUCAGAGAAUCAUAAACGCAGGCGCAACGGGGUUUCGGUCCUAUGUUUCUCAUGUAGAACUAGAAGGUGUCCUCGUUGCUUAUGCUAAAAGUUGUGACCGUGUCUUUUACCUAAUGAUAGGAAUGGCUUGUGGUUGUUUCCUUGUCUCAUGCGCGAUGGGCUUGAAGGACCUCAGAAAGAAAAAAGCAGUUUCAAAG